ACAGAACUCCAUCGGCCUGCCACCAUGCCUUCUGCUGAGACGUACGCGACCUAUCACCGCGAGACCUACCCCUACAUCGACCCUUCCCAGGCCAAGCUCUCUUCCGAGGGCAAGACAGUAGUGGUAACUGGGGGAGGCUAUGGCAUCGGCAAGGGAAUCGCAAAGUCCUUUGCCAAGUCCAAAGCCGCCAACUUGAUCCUGGUCGGCCGUACUCGUUCCAUUCUCGAAGCCACCAAAGCAGAGCUAGAGGCCGAAUAUCCGGCGACCCGAGUGCGAGUUUUCGCGGCCGACAUCACCGACUCCACAGCCAUAACAGAGCUCUUCGCGGAUGUCACUGUCACGCUUGGGCCUGUCGAUGUGGUCGUCAACAAUGCCGCCUUCUUGUCCGCCAUCAGCACCAUCAAAGACGCCGACCUGAAGAACUGGUGGCGCGGCUUUGAAGUUAACGUCCUAGGCACCACCACCGUAAUCCAGGCUUUCCUACGGACCAAGCCUGCCUCCCGCAAAGGCGUCGUCAUCAACAUCAACACGUCUGUUGCCCACUACGGCGUGUUCCCGACGUACUCGUCGUACACGGCCAGCAAGAUGGCCUCCCUGCGCAUGACCGAAUGCUUCCAGGCAGAGAACCCGGAGGUGCGUUUCAUCAGUCUGCAGCCAGGCGGUGUCGACACGCAGAUGUACGCGCAGUUUCAUAUGCCCGAGGACUACGCCAUGACCGACAUCCAGCUUCCCAGCGACACGUCUGUCUGGCUGGCCAGCGACGAAGCCGAGUUCCUUGCUGGAAGGCUUGUCUGGACCAAUUGGGACGCGGAGGAGCUCCUCAAGCGCAAGGAUGACAUUGUCGCUGGCAAGGAAUUGACGACUAUGCUGAAGCCGAUAGAGGGUGAUUUGUACUAGUCAUCAAUCACAGAUAGCUGUAGAACGCAAUGAAACUUCUUUGACUC